AUGGCCACUAAUGAUUCGAGGAUGGGGAACGAAGUUGUGCCAGCAUCUGAAGGAGAAGGAAAAGAAGAAAAGCAGCCUCCAACAUCACAGAAGAUGAAGAGAAAGCGGGUACAGAAGAAAAAAGUGAAGCCAUUGAAGCCAAGUUCAAGGAGUUGGGUCUGGGAACACUUCGAAAAAUUUGACAAGCUGAUUUACAAUACCGUUGAUGGAAAGCAGGUAAAAGUUGGCCAUGAAGUACGAGCUAAGUGUGUUUAUUGCUUUACUGAACUUGCUGGUGAUUCUAGUUUUAAUGGCACUAGUACACUUAGUCGUCACAUUGAGAAAGUAUGCAAGAAGUAUCCUCCUAGGAUGGAAUUAGACCAACAUGUUUUAACUAGUGAUCAAACAAAAAAUGCAUCUUUAGCUAUGAGGAAAUGGUGUCCUGAUGCUUGUAUAACAGCUUGUUGUAAGAUGAUUGUUAUGGAUGAGCUUCCAUUUUCUCAAGUUGAGAAAGCUGGAUUUAAGCAUUUUUGUUCAGUGGUUGUGCCUCAGUGGACAAUUCCUUGUAGGAAAGUAAUUGUCAAUAGGUUUUUUGAAAUGUAUGAAGCACAAAAAGAAAAACUAAGUGGCUGGAGAAUGCACAAAAGAAUUCUAAACUUUUGUGUCAUUGCCAACCACCAAGGCACAAGCAUAGGAAAACUUUUAGAAGCAUGUUUGGUUCAGUGGAAGAUUGAUAAGGUUUUGACUGUGAGUGUGGAUAAUGCAUCGGCGAAUAAGGUGGCGAUAGAUUAUUUGAGGAAGAAGAUGGGUUUGACCAUUUUAGAUAGGUCGGUGGCUGCAAUAAGAAAUGCUGUGAAGUAUGGCGGAGUUCUCCGUCGAGCCCUAGAGUUAAGGAAGGGUUUUGAGAUGAUGGCAGAAGAAGAGGAGCAAAAAUUCUAUAGUUAUUUCGAUGAGGAUGAUGAUAUUGUUGAGGACAAUGAAGAAGUUAGGGAAGAGGACAAGAACAAGAAGCGUAGGAAGAGGAUUGGGCCACCAAAUGACAGUGAUUGGGAGAGGGCAGCAGUAUUUGUGCAGUUUUUGAAGGUAUUCUACAAUGUAACCCUCAAGAUCAGCGCAACGACAAAGCCCACUGCUCAUAUGGCAUUUCAUCAGAUUGUGACUAUAGAGGGAGAGAUAGAUUCUCUGUUUGUAAGGCCUGAAAUGGCUGAGGGCAGCGAAGCAGAGAAAGUUUUGGUUAGUAUGGCAGUGAAAAUGAAGUCCAAAUUCAAGAAGUACUUUGGUGCCCUUGAAGAUUUAAAUCAGCUCCUUCUAGUGGCGUUAGUUUUGGACCCUCGAUACAAACUUAGAAACUUUGAACAUGUGUUAGUGAAGUAUCUAGAUUAUGAUACAUGCUCUAUGAAGGAGAAGAGCAGGAAGCUCAAGGAUCUUUUGGUGAGCUUGACAGAUUUGUAUGCAAGCUCCUCUACUUCCCAGAAAAAAAAAAAGCAACAAAGAACCUGUUCAAAGUAG